AUGCCGGCCUUCAUGUUGCCGUGGCAACGUGAGCGUAUCUUGGGUUACCCCGAGGAACCGUGUUAUCUUUGGUUUGUUAUGGAGUUCUGUGACGGCGGCGACCUCAACCAGUAUAUCCUCUCGCGGCGGCCUGAUCCGUGGACCAACCGUAGUUUCAUGAAGCAGAUGACCAGCGCUGUGGCCUUCCUCCAUAAGAACAACAUCGUCCACCGGGACCUCAAACCAGACAACAUUCUCAUCUCGCAGAAAUCCGGCGAUCCGGUCAUCAAGGUCGCCGACUUCGGCCUCAGCAAGGUUUGCGCGGGACUCAGCUGCAUGGAGAGCGAAGGCGACAACCAGGUGAACAAAAACAUGGUGAACAUUAACAAAUUCUGGCUGUCGUCAGCGUGUGGCUCUGACUUCUACAUGGCUCCGGAGGUGUGGGAGGGCCACUACACUGCCAAAGCGGACAUAUUCGCACUCGGCAUCAUCAUUUGGGCCAUGAUCGAGCGGAUCACGUUCAUCGACGCCGAGUCCAAGCGAGAGCUCCUCGGCACGUACGUCCGCCAGGGGACCGAGAUCGUCCCGGUGGGCGAGGCCCUGCUGGAGAACCCAAAGAUGGUCCUGAACAUCCCGCAGAAGACGCGGAGCAUCAUGUCUGAAGGCGUCAAGCGGCUUCUGCAGGACAUGUUGGCGGUCAACCCGCAGGACCGUCCUGAUGCGUCUCAGUUGGAGGUUAGAAUGGACCAAGUGACAUGAGCGGUGUAAGCCGCACCCAUUGGCCGAAACGAGCACGCAGAUUUUUCAGGUCUGCAGAGUCGGAUUGCCCAUCGAUGGAAAUGAAAAAGGGACAGCGGAUCCUGGAACUGUGAAUUUCGUUUUGUGACCGCUUCCAAAAAGCAGAAGUGAAAUCAAAUGACUUGAUAUCUCUAUUUAAAACCCCUCACAAGGAAAUGCUAUGCAGGCUUCUUUAUUAACACACUCGUUUUCUACUCCGCAUCCUAAUGCAAGUCUUCCAAACUGACCAUGCGUUUUCCUGCUCAGAUCUCACAUGCGAUGUUUUCACGUCCCUCUCGUUCUCUGCUGUGACUGUGCUGUUGUUUUGGACCAGAUUUAGACACACACGUUGCACUAUGUCCUCAAACAAAUAUAUCCCGUCUGCACCUCGCCGUUUAUCAGACAGUACAGAUGUAAAUAUUUAGAUGUUCAUAAUGCAGCACUAGGACCGACCGAAUGUGGUGAAUGCUCUAAAAUAUUCACAGGACAGCAGAGAAGGAAGUUAUUAUAAAACUCACAAACAUGAAGACAUACUGUGAACGAUAUAAUGUGAAUGACUGGGCACAUAGUGACCCGUCUCUCCUGUAGGUGUAAAUGUAUCUGACCCGAACAGCAGCACCUCUU